AUGGGGAGCCUGGUCGAGACCUACCAGGUACUUCCAGCGGUGCAACUCCCACCACCACACGAGAGGCCCUUGGUCAUCUGCACCUCGCUGGAGGGACACUCCAAGCGCCGUCCUUCCAGCUGCACGCUCCUGCAGGUGGCCACCUCUAAGCUAGAGGAAGAGCUGGCAGGGAGACUACUCGUCUUCACGGACGGCUCCGUCCACCACGAUACCAGCUCAGCCACUGCAGCCUACCUGCUGGCAGCAGACCCUCCUGGAGUACCUGUGGCGGUGGCCUGCGACUCAAGAGCAGCUCUCCAGGCCGUGUGUCUCCUGGAGAGGGCUGGCCUUAGUCCAGCCCUCUUGAUUGUCGAACCGACCACCACGGAGGCAUCCAGAACCGCGCGAAAAAUCAAGGUCAUCGUGCUGCUCGCCGCCCUCGCGCUGCUGCUGCUGCUUGUCGGCGUGUUUCUGGCAGCCUAUCUCUAUACCAGUGAGACGACGAGAAGAAAGGUGGCGAUUUGUACCACCGAAGACUGCACUGCCUUUGGCCUAGAACUGAAAGCAGCCAUCAACAAGGCGGUGGACCCAUGCCACGACUUCCAUGCCUACGUUUGCGGCAGCUGGAACGACCCCGGUCGUUGGCAGUCGACUGAAGCUCGGAUGAGGGCCGCAGCCUUAGAUUCGGCGCUCAAGGAGGUCACAGACGACCAGUCGCAAGCCAGCAAAGCGGCGCAGUUCUUCCACAGCUGCAACAGGGCCGAGGCAGAUGUAAAGGAGAACCUUGGACAGUUCACGGAGUUCCGCAGCUCCCUCGGCCUGACCUGGCCCGAUCUAAGUACACAAGAGGGGAAGCAUCCACUCGACAUCAUGGUCAACUUGGCGCUGAACUGGCAGAUGAACUUCCUCUUCGACAUGAAUGUCAUCAUCGUUCGAGAAUCCCCUACGUUGCUCGUCACGCGCGGUCACCUGGACGUCGCUUGGGAGCAGGACAUGCGUGAUCCCAGGACGCUUCAGAAUUAUGAGAUUUACUUGAACGAUUACUACGAAAUACUCGGCGUCAAUGGCUCACGGGUUGGAAUUGAAACGGCCGAUUUAAUGCAAAUUGAAAAGGACAUUGUCGACGCCAAGGUUCACUUCCUCUACGACGCCCCUCGACAAGACUGGUUCAAAAUAAGCGCCCUCGAUGGCAAGACACCUGCGGUACCGGCAGGCCUCUGGCUAAAUGUACUGACAAAGCAGGACAAGCAGUUCAACUGGACCAAUGACAACACAGUGAUCGUCGAGGACGCAAGGAUACUAGAGAGCACAGACAAUUUGCUGAAGAAUUUCACCCGCGAAAGGUUGAUCAUCGGGCUAUCGUGGAUAUUUAUUCAGACCCACCUGUGGGCUGUUAAUGGUGUGCCAUCUAUCAGAUUCCGUGGCACGUACUCCGAGCUGACGACAAUGAAGGAGCACAGCUGCAUGACGUACGUCGAUUCAUUACUGGGUUUGUCCAGCGCGUCGAAGAUGAUGACCAACCGCUACGGCAACGCCGCAAGCCGGCUCCAUGCCUACAGCUUACUGCACAGAGUGAAUGAGAACACCAAGCGGCUCGUGAAAAACCUGACAUGGAUGGAUGAAGAGAGUAGGCGAGUGGCCUUUCUAAAGCUCGACAGAAUGGCCCGCGUCUUAAUGCCGGCCGACAGCUUCUUCAACAAAAAGGAACGCGACGCAUUGUACAGCGUAUUUCCGGACAUGAACGGCAAGACAUUCAUGACGAAUUUAUUGGCUGCUUCCGAAGUCUAUCGGCAACUCCGCAAUCACGAACGUUUCUCGGAUGUGUACAGCGUUCGCAUGUUUCCCCGGUUCGGCCGAGAGUUCUACUUGUACAUGCCGAACGUGAUGACACUCGCGAUCGGCGACCUAGGUCCGCCGCUGUUCUACCGUAACGCAACGCUGGCCAUCCAAUACGGAGGACUGGGCUCCUUUGUGGGUCGUGAGAUGGUCAAGUCGCUAGAUGACAUCGGCAUCACGGUGGAUGCCGCUGGGGUGCGCGGGCAGUGGCUAAAGCCCGCCGCGGCAGCAGUGCACGCCAGUAAGGCCAACUGCGACGUCCGCCCGACCGUGGACCGCACCCAGUGGCGGCCGCUGCGAGUGUUUCCCGCCGUGGCCGGCCUGGAAGUUGCGUACGCAAGCUACAAGGCGGCUGUAAAGGUCGACUACCGCUCACUAGAGGACCUCCGGGUCAUUCAACUUCAAGAAUUCGAGGACAAGCAGGUCUUUUUCCUCGCGUUCUGCUAUUCGCUGUGCUCCAAGCAUCCGCAGACCAUGGGUGACGCGUGCAACGUUCCGGUAAAGAACUCGCCCCAAUUUGCGGAAGCUUUCCACUGUCCCGCGAAUUCACCAAUGAAUCCGCCUAAAAAGUGUACAUUUUUUGAAAAUUAA